GGAAGUAAAGCUCGCCGCUUGCCGACAGAAGUGAAAAGCAAUGGAUAGGCGUAACAACAGCAGCAGCAGCAGCAGCAGGAGCAGGAGCACCAGCACCAACAACAACUAACAUUAGCUACCAUAUUCCUCAGGAAACAUCACAUGAAUGUAUUUGUGAAGCCAGUCUCUGCUGACCCAAAGUGCUGAAUGUCCUUCUAGUGUCGAUGAAAAUGAACCCGAGAUAACUCAACAGUGGCUUGGGCAUCUAUAAUUUGAAGAUGAGGCUAGCUCAGUUUGUCAGACUUGUCAUUGCUUGUAAUGAUUACAACUCUAGGCACAUAGGCUGCACCAGCGUGUACAACAAACUAUAGUGAUUUUUGUUUUCUUUUUGCGUUUUGCUAUCACACUAACUACAUACAUUAUAAUUUAGUUUUGAAUGGCUUUCAGUUGAUAACCAGUGUUGAUGAUGUCACUGGGCGAGCAGUCUCAAAAGUGGUUUCCAACCCAUGUCCAAGCCACUGUUCUUCAAGCAACCGGUUUACAGCCCAAGGGCAAAAGUGGCACCAAUGAUGCCUACACUAUCAUCCAGCUGGGCAAAGAAAAGUAUUCAACAUCGGUGGCAGAGAAGACACUUACCCCUGUCUGGAAAGAGGAAGCCUCCUUUGAAUUACCUGGUUUACUUUUGGAGGGCAACCCAGAGGUAUAUGAACUCUGCCUUAUAGUGAUGCAUCGGUCCUUGGUUGGGAUGGAUAAGUUCCUGGGUCAAAGGUCCAUCAACCUUAAUGAAAUCUUUGAUAACAAGCAAAGGAAGAAAACUGACUGGUAUUCCCUGGAGUCCAAGCCGGGGAAGAAAAGGAAAGACCGAGGCCGCAUUCAAGUAAGCAUCCAGUUCAUAAGGAACAACAUGACAGCCAGCAUGUUUGACCUCUCCAUGAAGGAAAAGCCCCGCUCGCCUUUUUCCAAACUGAAGGACAAAAUGAAGGGUCGCAAACAUGACGGCAACUUUAGCGACACAUCGUCCGCCAUCCUGCCUCGCUCUGCCAUGUGCGACUCAGAGCCUGACCGUCAGUCCUUCGCCCCAGAACCACAACCCCAGCCUGAAACAAAGGUUAAGAGACCACUACUCACUGGGGCCCAUAAACUCUCUGCAGCCCAUUCCAUGUCCGAUCUCAUUGGGACUCACUUUCGGCCCAAACAGGAUUCCAUGAACUCCAUUGAAGAGCGUGGCGGCCCUCACAGGCGUUCCCAGAGCGAGGUGCCAGGCUACCAGGACGGCGAGGCACACAGUGACCCUUUCACUGAUAUCAGUGACACCCUGCCACAGAAGUAUGCCACGCUCCCACGCAACCGCAACCCAUUUGAGGGGGAGCACGGGCAGCUGUGGGACCGGGCAGAGCGGAAGGAGAAAAAGGAGAAGGUCAGCCUACUGGAACGCGUGACAGGAAAGAAGGAAGGCCGCAAGACCAACAACGGCGGCCAUUCGGGCAGCUCUGGAGAUCUGCGUUCCCCCAACCCCUUUAGUGGAGACUCGCAAGCAGACACUAACCCGUUUUUCUCCAACUACAAAGCCAGGGAUAAAAAGUUCACAGGAAAUGAAGACAUCACAUUUGGCCAACAGAAGAAGGACAUCCAUGGCAAGAAAAAGGAGGUGAAACAGGAAAGCAUGGCUGCCUACAGCAACUUGUCCUUUGAGGAAGUUGUGCAGGAACUCGUCAAGCAGAAAGAAGUAGUGAAAAAGAAAGAUGCCCACAUCAGGGAGCUGGAAGACUACAUCGAUAACCUACUUGUGCGCGUCAUGGAGGAGACGCCGAGCAUUCUACGGACACCGUAUGAGCCAAAGAAGAAGGCGGGUAAACUUUCCAAAAAGUAACAAGAAAGACACAGGAUAAAAAGUUACUACCGGUAAAUAGGGUUUAGCGCGCAUCAAUAUCACGUGGUAAAAUAAGUGGGAACAAAUGGGAUUGAUCAAAGCAAAAUUUGUGAUUGAUUUAUGCCUUUGCUUUAAAACAUUUUUAGUCAAGGGAUGUAGUUUUUAUUUUUUUCAAGAUAAUUUUUUGGGGCUUUUCUGCCAUUGUUGACAAGACAGCUAGGUCAAAGAGGGGGGGGGGGGGGAGACAUUCAGGAAAUCGUCACAGGUUGGAUUCAAACCCUGGACCUCUGCGUCGAGGCAUAAACCUCAAGGUACACGUGCGCCUGCUCUACUACUGAGCCAACCUGGCCACCAGGGGGAUGUAGUUUUUAUAUAUUUUUUUCAAUAAGUUGAUUAUGUUAGCACAGAGGUAUGUUUAGCAUUCCUAUAUUUACAUUUUCAAAUUAAUUUAUGAAUACUUGCUGCGGUGCAUUUUUAGGUAGUUAAAUAGGAUCAGCAUCGAUUGAUUUGUGUCCAAUCAAAUCCAUAUUUUUUGAAAAAGGUUAGGUUUAGCUAAAUUUUAUCCACUUGUGAACCUACGGAGGUCUGUUGCACAAGCAGCUGCCAUCUUCUGCCCAGAAGCUGUUAAGGUACAAAUGCAGCCAAAUUUAUGUAUACCAGAAGGUGUAGUGGCAUGUGUGCAGGUUGCUGAAAGACAGUCAAACGGUUGAUAAGUAUAAGCUGGAGUUGCAGUGUAUACACCCUUGCGCGAGUCUCAAACUGGCCACCUGAACUACAAAACCCAUCACCGGCGGCAACAUCAGCUUCGUUGCUAACCUCUUCUCUGCUACAGAUCUGGAUGAACUUUGCUCUUCUCCACAACAGCCUGAGUGAUUCAUGGCUAUUCUUAAAAAAAGACUGGAUGAGAGUUACGGUAAGAAGCUGGGAGUCUGGUUUCUCUCUAGCUUACUGAGUCAUGGGAUUUCUUCUUCUUUUUCUUUUUAAAUGAACAAACGUAAAUUGCUGUUAUCAGUUACUGACAUUUUAUUCUUUUAUUUUAUUUGUGAUGACUAUCAUUUAUGUAUCUCGGACCAGGGGUCCCAGUCAAUCACUAAACGUGAUAAUUUCACUGACUUUAAGUGCAAUAAUCAUAACUUGAGUAUCUUGCUUUAUAUUCUGCUGGUAAUGUUCUUGUUUACAUUUAAUCACAUCUUUGAGUCUAACUCGUCUCUUAAUAUUGAUUUGAUUCACUGGAACAGCCUGGAGGUCUUUGUUACAGCCUCCACUGAUUGCCAGUUUUUUUGCUGAAGAUUGUAUUAAUGGUACCUAGCUGCACAUGUGGAUACAUGCUGAACAAUCUUUAUUUACAGAUGUAUCACGGCUCAUUUACAAUUGGCCAUUAUUUCAAUGUAUUUGUAAGGUACUUUAUGGUAAGAACCCCACUGUAUCCCAAUACCCUCUCCCUCACCACCCUUUCUACCGUAUUAACACUAUACAGUUAGUAAAAAUUAAAUAAAAUCUCAUGAUAAGUAUUCACAUAUUAAGGUCUUAAAAUACAGUUUUACAUGUAAUUACCAUUGGCUUUAAUGUCUUUCUGUAUACCUAGUCACAAAUGAAUUAUGCAUCGUGCGUAAGUAUAUUUCACAUGGGUUUUUUGGUCAACAGUCCAAAUUCUAACAUUCAUAUUAGGGGUGUGCAAAAAAUUGCUUUGAAUGGUAAUUCAAGCCUUACUGAUUCAAAAUUUUGAGAUUUAUAGAAUUCCAAAAAUCAAUUAAAUACUUUUUUAAUUGUAUGUCCACUGCAAUCACAUGAUUGAUUUAUUGAUUGAUUGAUUGAUUGAUACUUUAUGAUCCCCGAGGGGAAAUUUAAGGUCCCAGUAGCUUACAGACAUCACACUCAACAUACGCAUAGAUCAUAACAGGAUGUUAAACAAAUCCACAUGAAUAAUAUGGAUAUUAGUAUAUAUAUGUAUACAUACAUAGGAAAUGUAACUACCUUUGCAUACUGUGAAUCAGUUUUUGAAUCGAGAAUUGAUAUUGAAUCGUGAGCUUAAAAAUCGGAAUCGAAUUUUGACAUUUUCUGAAUCGUACACCCCUAAUUCAUAUACAGUAAGAUAAAAGUGUCUGAUCAGAUCACUGAGUACUAAUGACGAUUGGUCCUUAAUUGUUCGAGGUAAACUGCCAAAGAGUGUCGUUCAGGUCAAAAAUAACUGUUGACAGCCUCUGUCAGAUGCUAACUGUCCUCUUUCACAGUUUCAUGUCCUCGCAUAUGUCCCCUCAAUCUGUGAUGCUAAUGUCAUAACAGCAUGUGUUGUUGUUUUCAUGUUCAACUCAUUCAUUCUGUGUAUUGAGCAGUUUCUACUAAACGACAGCUGAUUAAGCUACGGGGCAGCUUUUGGAAAGCACUGCUGGUACUAAAAUGAGUACCUAAAGGUUAAUCUCAAAAAGAGGCCAAUAUACCUGGGCUUGAGCUAGAUGUUCAACAAUCACUGACGUUUUGGUUUACAUUUUCAAAGAGUUCAUUCCUGUAAAAUGGAAAGCAGCUUUGAGUACAGUGUUAAACACGCUUUGUAUUAUCAUAGUAACACACAUUUUAAAUGUUCUAUCAAACUUUGUUAUCACAAGAUGAUCCACAUUGUUUUUUUGCUGGUAUUAUUUCUGGUAUUUAUAUCUUUUUAUGUAAUUACUUUUCCGUCUUAUAUUUGACCUUUACACUGUAUGAUACCAAAUCACAACUGAGUGCUACACUGGAUCUUUAGAAUGUCGACAGUCAAAAACACUUGUUAAUUUAUGUUCUUCAUGAACAUAAAUUAACAGAAACAGUUUGUCAUUUACUACUUUUUACUGCUGCUUCAUCUGAAGGUAUGUGAUCACCUUUUGGACUUGAAGCCAAAAUCUCUUGUUAAUGAAUGUAUUCUGGUUUUCUUUUGAAAUACAUAAUUCUGAAAUGUAUAAUCCUAUACAGUACACUAACAAGGCUAUUGAACCUUGCUUGCCUUUUAAAGUAUUUGGUGUAUCCAAAGAUAUCAUUUCAUAUGGUCCCCCGGCCCCCCAUCUUUCCUCUAUUAGUCUGACAAAACUCAGACAUCUUCAUUAUGGACAGGAGGUUAUUGUCGGUACAUAUGGUUUUGUGCGAUGAUGUGACACAGAUGUUUGGUAAAUUCCUUUGUGUUGGAGAAUGGUUAUUUGAUCUGUGUAUAUAUAUUGUGAAAAACAAUGAGUAUUAUGUGAGACUUAUCAAGAAGAAAUGUGGAUUAGAAGCAUCUUCCCACUGAUUGCCUUCCUACAUCGGCUGGAGUGUGAACUCCCAUGUUACAGACGAAUGCCAACUGCUUUAUGUAGUCUGUAUGGGUCGUUAGCCAGUUGUUCAUGGACCUCGCUGAGCUCCUAGUACUUCCACUGUACAUACUGUAUAGUCACUUUGUAAUAUCACCUCACCUCCUUGGACUUUUUGCACAUUUCUUUGUGCGGCAAAAUGUUUGAAAAUGUGCGAAAGUGGCAAUUAAGUGCAAAACGGAAGAAAAGUAUUUACCACCCAUCUUUCAUUUGAGCUAAACUGACAUUGGUAAACACGCAUGCUGGCAAAGCAAAAGCGUGUGGUGUAAGUGUAGGUCGUCAUGUGCAUCACUGAGUAUGGAACAGGUGAUUUACACUCAGGUCUACAGUGUACCCGAAAGUGCCGUGGCUUUGCUUGAAUUCUGAAAUAACAAAUGAUAAGGUCUUUUAAAUAAAUAAAUAUUGAACACAUUUGGACCCUGAGGUUAUUUAGUUCAAAUGAAAAUUGAGGGGAGUGUUGUUCAAAUUAAUUCCUUUUGCCUGUCAUAUUUUCUUUCAGCUUGAUUGCUACAUUUGCUUUGUUCUUUAAUCUAAUUUGGUGCUUUGAAAGAUGUCAGACUAAAACACACAUUUAAAUGAAAAGCAUUUUCAAAUAAAUUUUGCAACAUUGUAAAGGGGUACAUUGCAAAAAAAACAACAACCCUGCAUCAUUAUUAUACUUCUUUCUUGCUUCUUUGCAUAAUGUUUGUCAUCCAAUUAAUGCCAGUGUUUGAAUAUGCAAAGCACUCAAAAUGCAAGCAGGCAAAAUUUCCUAGACAAUUUGGCCAUGGCCUGUCGUAAUUUAAAUUUGUAUAGAUCGUUUUGCACAUGCAUUGGAAUAUGUUUUAAGUGUUGUAGGUGAAUGUCCGCAGCAUUCAAAAACGGAAAAAAACGGUGCAAACAUAAGGGGAUUUUUUUCUAUGUUGUCGAAGCAUGCAUUGAACCUAUUGAUGAAGAUGAAAUAAAGCUCAAGUCGGAUCUCACAAUUCUGCUCCGGCAGUCUCUUAAGUCUUCUACUGAUAGUAUGAUGGUGCUUGCCAUAGGCCACAUACAGCUGCCAGACACUAAGACUUAAGCUCCCGCUAAAUCCCCUGACGUUGCUUGUAAUGUGGCACACAGUUUUGACUGUGUUUAUAAAAGAUCUCGCCAGUUAGCAAAGCUUCAUUGAGUUUACAGAGUCGGGUGCACAAAGGUGCCAACACAAUUAAACAUAAUUUGAGUUGAGUUUAUAUCCCCAACGUGGCAGAGACCUAAAAUGUCAUUUUGAUACUUACAUGUUGGACUUCUUCUGAAGUCAAUGUGUACUGGGUCUCGCUGUUUACACGGGCACACACCUUGUAAUGUAAUAAGAUAAAUUAAAUGUGUCUUGUUUCGAUACUUGUCAUUUCUGCAUGUAAAUCACAUGUUUUGAUUAUGUAACACUUAAUAUUUUUGCCAAAUUAAAUGGCAUUUUCCUGAUCUGGAAACAUUGAUUCUACUGGAUUGGGUUCAUUUCCAUCUACCUUCAUGUAAUGUAUUCAGAAUUGUAUAGUGUUAACAAAAAUGUCCUUUCAUGGGAGAAGGUAGAUGGGUUUUGUGUUUAUUUUGACAAUAUGCAAGACUUUCAUACCUGAAUGUGUGGGGACAAGAUUGUAAGACUUUUUGUAUUAUUAUUUUAGUUCUGGAAACACAUAGGGGUCUAGAAGACGUAUGUAUUAUAAUAACAGUACAAUGCUGUUUAUGAUGACUGUACUGUAUAUAAAGUGCCAACACAAGCACUAAGUCAUGAGAAUUUGGUGAUGCAUUUCUUAAUAUUCACCCAUUCUCCAUGUACUACAGUUUCAAACAAUAACUUUUAGAUAUUAUCACCAUCAUUAUAAUUAAGUGCCAAUGUCCUACAUUAAUGUAGUUUUAAAGGCACACACAAGAUUGUAUUGUCCUUUUUAAUAAACACGGUAAAUGAUAA